AUGUCGGGCAUUCAAGUCAAGAAUGAGCCUAUGCCCGCCUCUUUGGCGUCUGGCUCCACAAACGGUCACGCCAAACGCCCCGCCAAGCCCAGCAUUUUCAGCGACAGCGACGCAAGCUCCGACGACGAUGACAAGCCUCUCGCAAAGAGGCCCAAAGUAGAAGACAGCGAUCUCUCGAGCGACAGUGAUGCCCCUCUUACCGCAGUCACAUCCCAGAAUGGCGUCAAGAAGCGUAGCGGCAGCAGCCAGGACGACGACGAAGAUUCCUCGGACUCCGAUUCGGAUGCACCACUCACCGCCGUCGUGAAGAAGAACAACGACAGUGACGACAAUGAUGACGACGACGAGGAAGAGGACGACGAUGAGGAUGGCGAUGGCAACGGCGACGACGACGAUGACGAUGAUGAUGAUGACGAUAAACCGUUGAGUCGGACAUCCAAGGCGAAUCGAAAGCCUCCUAAGACAAUGUCCAUCACCGGCUCGGGCGAAAAGAAGUGGGACGUGCUCGUCCACAAGGGUCCUCGGUUCCCUGAUCCAUAUCAGCCGUUGCCCAGGGACGUCAAACUCAAGUACGACGGAAGGCCUGUCGAUCUGCCGUGGCAGACUGAAGAGGUCGCCAUGUUUUAUGCCGUCAAGCUCGAAACUCAGCAUGCACAGAACGCCAUCUUCAACCGCAACUUCUUCGACGACUUCAAGGCGGAUCUCAAAAAGUAUCCGCCUAGAGACGGCACGCAGAUCAAGUCGUUCGACAAGCUCGACUUUCGCGAUAUGUACAACUACUGGCGCAGUCUCAGGGACGCCGAGCUCGAACGAAAGAAGGCUUUGGCUCCCUCGGCACGCAAGCGCGAGAUCGAAGAGCGCAAGGUCGAGGAAUCCAAGUGGAAGAUCUGCCUCGUCGAUGGCGUCGAGCAGCGCGUCGGCAACUUCAACGUAGAGCCGCCUGGUCUCUUCCUAGGACGCGGCGCCCAUCCCAAAGCGGGCAAGGUCAAGCGACGCAUCCAUCCCGGCGACAUCACCAUCAACCACAGCGCAAAACACCCAGCUCCUCACCCUCCCGCAGGCAUGGGCGACUGGGCCGAAGUGGUUGAGAAGAAGGACGUCACCUGGCUCGCCUACUGGAAGGAGAACAUCAACGGACAAUUCAAGUACGUCUUCCUCGACGCCACCUCCAACUUCAAGACCAACUCGGAUCGCGAAAAGUUCGAAAAGGCGCGAAAGCUCGACACGGUGGUCAAACAGAUCCGACGUGACGUCAACAAGAACCUCAAGUCCAAGGUGCGCCACGAGCGACAGAUCGCCACCAUCGUCUGGCUCAUCGACAACUUUUCGCUCCGUGCCGGUAACGAGAAGGGCGAAGACGAGGCCGAGACGUACGGUGUCUGUUCACUGCGCUGCGAGCACGCCCAGAUCAAGAUGCCAGACACCAUCCACCUCGAAUUUCUCGGAAAGGACUCGAUGAAGUUCGAGGAAGAUCUCAAGAUCACCAACCCGGACGUCUUCAAGAACAUCGCCAUGUUCCUCAAGACCAACGGCAUGAAGGACGCGUCGGGUAACUUUGUACGCAAGAAGCCCUCGGAUCCCAUCUUCUGCGCGCCCGAGAGCGGCUCCGGAGGCGGCAAGAUGCAGCCGCUCCAGCCCGGCUCGGUCAACCAGUUCUUGUCAAAGUACAUGAAGGGCUUGAGUGCCAAGGUCUUCCGUACCUACAAUGCCUCGGUCACGUUCCAAGGUUUGCUCGAGCAGACCGAAGAGUGGCUCAAGUCGCGAUCCAACAAAGCCGAGCGCGAGAUCAACCAGACCAAUCUGCGCCUGGCCUACAACGAAGCCAAUCGACAGGUGGCCAUCCUGUGCAACCAUCAAAAGACGGUCAAUCCCAUGUUGCUCAACCGCAACCUCGAGCGCACUCAGGACAAGAUCUUCCAGAUCCGAUACGAGAUCAUGAAGGAGCAGCAAAAGAUCCUCACGUUCCACAAGAUCGGCGAGCUCAAGAAGGAAUACAAGCCGAAAGAGUUCCCGUUCAUGAAGCAAUUCGACAAGAUCAUGCAAAAGCAAGAGCUAGAUGCGGAAAAGGUCAAGCAGUACGAGGAGCAGAUGAUCACGGACAAGAAGUCCAAGCUCGAGUCGACAUUCAAGCGUCAGCAGUCCGAGCUGCAGUAUCAGUUGGAGCAGAAGGGUCUCACCGGCGACGAUGGAUCGCCGAAAAAGGGCAAGAAGGCCAAGAACGUCGAGGAGGAGGUGCGAUCGUCGAUCAAGGGGUACAAGGACAAGAAGCAGGUGGACGAGGAGCUCAAGUCGCUCAACGAGACGGCCAAGCGACUGGAGAAGGAACGCAAGAGCAACAAGUCGCAUGCGACCAGCUGCAACUUUGCCAGCUCGGCCAAGAAGAUCCUUAGCAAGUAUGAGAUGAUCAAGAAGCAGGAGGCGGAGCUGGUCAACAAGAACAACACGUCGGAUGUGGCGCUGGGCACGUCCAAGCUCAACUACAUCGACCCGCGUAUCACGCUCGCCUGGCUGAAGGAGUGGGACGACCGUCUCAUCGAUCUCGGACAGGGCAAGGGCGCACCGAAGAAGAAGGUCAAGAAGGAGGAGGAGGAGGAGGACGUCAAGUCCAAGAAGGGCAAGGGCGCAGCUGGCAAGAAAGGAGCGGCAAAGACGGGUCUCGCCAACUCGACGGGCGACAGCGAAAAGAUGGAGUUGGGAUUGCAGGUGAUGAACAUCGGCCAGUUCUUCGCCAAUUCGCUGCAGAAGAAGUUCAAGUGGGCGGCUUCGGGCGACGACGGGCGCGACAUCUCGGCCAAGUGGGUGUUUGUCAAGGACGCCCAAUCCAAGAUGCGCAAGCUCGACUCUGCCGAACGCAAGGGCCAGAACGGCGGCUCGUUUGCGGCCAUGACGGACGCGGCGGAUUCAAAGGAAGCUGCGCCCACAGCCAAUGGAACUCUGAAGAAGCAGACGGCUGCGGAUCGGAAGAUGAGCAAGCCUCUGAAGGCGGUGGACAAGGCGGAAGAGAGCGACGACGAUCUGAGCAGCGAUAGCGACAGCAGCGACGACGACGACAAGCCGCUCGCCGCUGUUAGGUGA